AUGUAUGACUUUCCUGUUCGUUUGAAUACAUUCUUUGAUAUUAUGUCUCAGAUAUAUCCAUUAAACGAAAAUGUAUUUGACAUUAUAAAUAUAUUUUGACAUACUUGUUUAGGUUUUUGUGUAUUUGUACUUCCGCCGUUGUACUGUUCCAUAUGGGUUUGCGAUUUUCCACGCAAAACGAGAUCCACUUCACACCUCCGACAUAGUUUGGGUAGGGUUAUAUUUCAACGAGGUGGAGCCCCUCCGAAGGGGGAGGGGGCGCAACAUACAGUCUCCACGCAUUCAUUUUCCCACCCACAUAUAAGUCACCCCCUCUCUCACCACAUGUAGGUGGGAAAAUGUAUGCGUGGAGACAGUGGCUGUGUUCGGGGAGCUCGCUUUUGGCGCUAUAAGCGCGCUAUGACCGUUCGGGUAGUCGCUUCGUAGCACUAACAGCGGUAAUGUUGACGUCAUCGUUGGCGCUUCGUGAUGUCAUCAUUCGUGCUAAAUGUGCUCAGGAUUUCGAGUCAUCUAAAGUGGAUCAAAUAUUAGUAUCUUUGCAAGAUGCCGAUACCGGUGUAAUUUAUAAAACACAUCUCUCGACAAAGGAUGCACAAAGAGUACGUACCGAUAUUGUUUUUGCUUCUAAAAUAUUAGAAAAAUUGAAGGACGAUAAAACCGAAUCAGACCCAUUAAACGUAGAAACAUCAGAUGCUGAAAAUUCUGCACCAGAUUCUUUUUUUAAAUGGUCGCAUCAAGCUGUUCUGCUUCUCAUUGAGGAAUAUCGGAAGCGAGAAAAGGAUACCACAUCAGGCAAAAUAUCGCAAAAGCGACUGUGGGAAUCCAUAAGUAAUGUCCUCUGUAGCCAUGGACAUGAUGUCACUGGUCCACAGUGCCAAAGCAAAUUCAAUGGAAUGAAAAGGACAUUCAAGUCCAUCAAAGAUCAUAAUUCUAAGUCAGGAAAUAAUCCUCGGUCCUGGCUUUAUACUGAGGUAAUGGAAUCUUUGUUAGGAGAAAAACCCUUUAUGAAUCCCGUUGCUUUGGCUUCCUCCACGGGUCACUUACAAACUGAAAGUGAGACUAGUGAUGUCUCUUCGCUUGACGACUGUGACAAUUCUCACACCUCAUGCUCACGCAAGAGGAAAUCCUCUAAUAUUGCAGAGGCUAUUCUUGAAAGUCGGAAGAUAGCCGAAGAAAAUAAAUUAAAACGUCAUCGACAAACAAUGGAACAACGAGAUAAAGUUUUAAAUGCUUUAGAUAAACUCAUUGGUGUCUUACAACCUAGAUAAGGUGUAGGCACCUGGUUAUCACGAGAAACGGGUAUUAUAUACAGCCUGAUGUCUGCCUCGAAGCGAACUCCAGC